GUAUUCUGCAAAUACAUAGCCGACGUUCAACAUGUAUUCUCCACGUGGUGAUGGUGUUUCCUUAUGGCAACGUAAAUAAAUAGGCUGCGCCGUGUAAUUACAUUUUCAAAUAGGCUAAAGUAGGCUAAGGGUAUUUAUCUGCUACUGAUUUAUCAUCAUCAAGCCUGAAGUCGUUCAAACCGAAGAAAUGGAAAAGGAGCGAAAAUCCUCCAAACAAUAUGGGUCUUUGGAACGAAGCAAAUUGGAUGGAAAAGAUGAUAAGAAGGCAGAGGAAGACAUUGUCUCAAUGGCGGACUCCACCAUCACAAUAGAUCACAUCGAAGGGGAGCUUUUCAGAAUCGAGCGGAUACGUGAUGUUCUAGUACGGAGGGAAUCAGAACUAAGAUACAUGAUGGACGACAUUCAGCUUUGCAAGGAAAUCACACGGCUGAAAAAAGAACUUCAGAAGCUGGUGUCUGUUUCAGACACAGACAAAUCCAACGAGGACCGGCAGAGGGAGGAGGAGUUGCUGCAGCAGAUCCACAAGCUGGUGGAGACCAGGGACUUCCUGGUGGAUGACGUGGAGUUUGAGAGGCUCAGGGAGAGAGAGGAGGACAAAGAAAUGGCUGAUUUCUUGCAGUCUAAAUUCCCAAAGACCUCAAAGAAAAAAGACAUCACAGAGGACCGAAGGAUGACCUCCAAAGCCCAGCAGACUUCAUCCACUCCCUUCGUCACCAAAACUGGUCUCACCCUUCUGAAGGAGUGUUGCGGCUUCACAUGCUCUGUCAUGUAGACUCCCUGCCCUGUGGAGAGACGGAAACACGUUGUUGGUUUCUGGAUGGGGUUAUUUGUGUUGAGUGGGCAGACAGAGCUCUCAUACUUCGACUAUAACCCUAAACAUAUGUACAGUGACGGUUGGGACUGUGUUCCCAUCAAUUAAUUUAUUGCUGGGUCAUUGCACCAAUUUAGUGCAUUUUGAGAAGUGUAAAAAAAAAACUUUAGAUUUCAGCAAAUUUUUACAUUCUGUAAUAUAUAUAUGUCAUAUAUAUGACUGAGUCAAAUAGGCUAUAUAUAUGUCAUAUAUAUGACUGCGUCAAAUAGGCUAUAUAUAUGUCAUAUAUAUGACUGAGUCAAAUAGGCUAUAUAUAUGUCAUAUAUAUGACUGAGUCAAAUAGGCUAUAGAUAUGUCAUAUAUAUGACUGAGUCAAAUAGGCUAUAUAUAUGUCAUAUAUAUGACUGAGUCAAAUAGGCUAUAUAUAUGUCAUAUAUAUGACUGAGUCAAAUAGGCUAUAUAUAUGUCAUAUAUAUGACUGAGUCAAAUAGGCUAUAUAUAUGUCAUAUAUAUGACUGAGUCAAAUAGGCUAUAGAUAUGUCAUAUGUAUGACUCAGUCAAAUAGGCUAUAUAUAUGUCAUAUAUAUGACUGAGUCAAAUAGGCUAUAUAUAUGUCAUAUAUAUGACUGAGUCAAAUAGGCUAUAUAUAUGUCAUAUAUAUGACUGAGUCAAAUAGGCUAUAGAUAUGUCAUAUGUAUGACUGAGUCAAAUAGGCUAUAGAUAUGUCAUAUAUAUGACUGAGUCAAAUAGGCUAUAUAUAUGUCAUAUAUAUGACUGAGUCAAAUAGGCUAUAGAUAUGUCAUAUAUAUGACUGAGUCAAAUAGGCUAUAUAUAUGUCAUAUAUAUGACUGAGUCAAAUAGGCUAUAUAUAUGUCAUAUAUAUGACUGAGUCAAAUAGGCUAUAUAUAUGUCAUAUAUAUGACUGAGUCAAAUAGGCUAUAGAUAUGUCAUAUAUAUGACUGAGUCAAAUAGGCUAUAUAUAUGUCAUAUAUAUGACUGAGUCAAAUAGGCUAUAUAUAUGUCAUAUAUAUGACUGAGUCAAAUAGGCUAUAGAUAUGUCAUAUGUAUGACUGAGUCAAAUAGGCUAUAUAUAUGUCAUAUAUAUGACUGAGUCAAAUAGGCUAUAUAUAUGUCAUAUAUAUGACUGAGUCAAAUAGGCUAUAGAUAUGUCAUAUAUAUAUGACUUGACUCAGCCAAGUCCAUAAAUCAACACAUAUCUUCUUCAUCGCCAUGGUCAAAAUAAGUAUUCUGGUCUGUGACCAUGUUUCAAUUAACAAACAGAGGUACUAUCCUUUGGACAGAGUGAAAAUGACAAUGGAACGUUUCCAUUCUGAUACAUUCUUUUAAUCUGUAGCAAAUGUGGGUCAGCUCCUGGAAAUGACUAUCUGGCCACCCUUGGAUGGUUGGUGUAUAUUUGUGGACGUACAAAUGAGGAAAGCUGUCUGUAAAACCUGUAGUGUGAUUUGACACGGUGAGUAACUACGUUUAAAAGCUCUGCAGCUGGAGAGUCAUUGAGCACCAGGUUAAUGGCAAUUAUCUUAUUCAAAUGGACCCUGUCCAAUUAAAGUAAUUAGACAGUAUUAUGUGUUGCUAUGACUGCAAUUAUCUCUCUUUAAUGCAUUAGAGCUUGACACUUCAUUCCCAUGGGCAUUGUCUACACAGCUAUGACUAGCAAACCUCACUCUGUCUCUUGGUGACAUUUUACAUGGUCACGACUAACUAUGACACUGCGUAACCUUGCUAAAGGCCACUGCUUGCUUGACUUCCAUGCCAGGUGAAAAAGGAGCUAAAAUAGAUCCUCCUCUCGGCUCCUUGGUAUCUCCCCUCUGGACUAGCUGCUUUACUUUGGUACCUACCCUGUCAUUAGCUGUGUCUGAUUCCUGGAAAGUCACCAGCAUUACAUUCAGCUCUCUGCUUUCACAAUUCUAAUAUUGUUUCAAUUUCAGUUUCAAAUGCCAUGAUUUGCUUUUUUUGUUCCCCUUGACCUUCUAUUACGCUGAUUGGUCUGACAGGGAUUGCUGUUGUUGCCAAUUUGCGAUACUUGUAAUUUUUUUGUGACAGUAGAGAUAAAUGUGUGAUAGUAAAAACCAUGUACUGUGAAUGUGGCUUUGACAAAUAUCUCAGAGUAUCAAGGACAACUUUCCAAGCAUAAUGGAGAUCAGAAUGUCUCCCCUUUGAAUGAGAUAAUAUGCCUUGAAAUACACUGUCUGCUGCUUAUUCUAUUACAAAACAGUCUUUAACCUGACAUCUAUCAAUGUGCGCAGUCUGCUCAAUGUAACAGCUCAUUCACAAUGCUCUGUAUGUUUAUGUUUCAUUCUCUACAAUGGUUUAAUCCAAACUGACUGGCACAUUAUCUGGGUGGAGAACUGAACAUUUAUUUUCACAUUUAUGAUCCUAAUUGCCAUGGGAGUUGAUUGUGAUUAGGCUACUUGUAAUAAUUUGUGGCUUAGAAUGUCAGAACUUCUGGUUGUACAUAUUGUAUCGGUUUAGCGUGCUUGUCUGAUUAAAGAGUUGCAAUGUA